AUGUCUACUGGUGUGUUGGCGUCUCGUCCCACCGCACGUGAUAUCAAGAUUAUCAACUUCUCCAUGGGUAUGGGUGGUCGCGAGCUCAUCAAAGACUGCGACAUCGAAAUCACAAUCGGAAGAAGAUACGGUUUACUCGGUCAGAAUGGCUGCGGUAAAACAAACUUUCUCGAGUGCUUGGCUCGCCGAGAAGUCCCAAUCCCGGAUCACAUUGAUUUGUAUCACUUGCGUGAAGAAGCUCUUCCGAGCGAACGAUCGGCGAUUCAAACCGUCAUCGAUGAAGUUCAAGCUGAGAUGGAACGUCUUAACAAGUUUGAACUGCACAUUCUCGAAACUACCGGCCCAGAUGACGAACGUUUGGAGCUUAUUUACGACCGACUAGAAGAGAUCGAUCCUACUACGUUCGAAGCGCGUGCAUCUGAGCUUUUGCACUCUCUCGGUUUCUCCCAAACCAUGAUUCAUCGCCCAACGGCGGACAUGUCUGGCGGCUGGCGGAUGCGUGUCGCGCUUGCCAAGGCGUUGUUUGCCCAGCCCACUCUUUUGCUGUUGGACGAGCCAACGAAUCACUUGGAUCUCGAAGCGUGCGUGUGGCUCGAACACUACUUGGGACAGUACAAAAAGUGUCUCAUAAUCGUUUCUCACUCGCAAGAUUUCUUGAAUGGCGUCUGUACGCACAUCAUUUGGUUGACGCAGCAAAAGCUUACAUACUACACCGGUAACUACGAUACAUUCCAGAAAACCGUGAACGAGAACAACAUCGUGCAGCAAAAGAAGUACGAAAAGGAGCAAGCUGACAUCGCGCACUUGCAAGAAUUCAUCCGCUCGUGUGGUACGUACUCGAACAUGCGCAAACAAGCCGAAUCGAAGCAAAAAAUUAUCGACAAGAUGAUGGCCGCAGGUCUCACACCGCCGGUCGCCAAAGAGCACGAUUUCAAGUUCGACUUCCCCGAGUGUCAAAAAGUUCCGCCUCCCGUGCUUCCGUUCGCGAACGUGUCGUUCUCGUACAAUGGUAAGAAGGAGGACUACUUGUACGAAGGGUUGGAGCUCGGCGUCGAUUGCGACAGUCGUAUUGCGUUGGUGGGCCCGAAUGGUGCCGGUAAAUCCACUCUUUUAAAGCUCAUGACUGGCGAACUUUCGCCGAGUGUGGGUACGGUCGAUAGACACCCGGGUCUGAGCAUCGGUAAGUAUCAUCAGCACUCAGUCGAUGUGCUUAACAAGGCGAUGACCCCGCUGGAAUUUUUCAUGGCUGAAUAUCCCAAUAACCUCAAAUUCAAGCGUGAGAUGGAAGAGUGGCGUGCAUACUUGGGGCGCUACGGCGUCAGCGGGCGCAUGCAAACGCAGAAAAUUGGCGAGUUGUCGGAAGGUCAACAGUCCCGUCUCGUGUUUGCCAUGAUUUGCAUGCAGCGUCCGAACUUGUUGCUUCUCGAUGAGCCGACGAAUCACUUGGAUUUGGAAGCGAUCGAUGCGCUCGCAGAAGCCAUCAAGCGAUACAACGGUGGGCUGGUGCUCGUGUCGCACGAUUUCCGUCUCAUCGACCAGGUCGCGGACAAGAUUUGGGUGUGCGAGAACAAAACGGUGCGCGAUUGGAAAACGGAUAUCAGAAUGUACAAGAAGCACUUGAGCGACAAGGCGGAUCGCGAAGCGCGCGAGCGCAAGGCCAAGGUUCGCAAAUAG